AUGACUUCAUCGGAAGAAAAGGCAAAACUGUUGAAAGAGUUGGGAACCGAUCGAGUGAUCAAUUAUAAGACCGAGAACUUGGAUGAAGUGCUCACUAAAGAGUUUCCGAAAGGAGUGGACGUUGUUUGGGAGACAAUCGGAGGACAAGUUUAUGAGACUUUAUUUAAGCAUUUGGCACCAAAGGGUCGUAUGGUUAUAGUGGGCGGUAUCACUGGUUAUAAAACUGAUGGCAUGCCUGAUGUAACCAUUUCCAAUUUGCCGACCAAGUUAUUAAUGGGAAAUCAAAGUCUCACGGGUUUCCUAUUGACUGGUUAUAGCGAUUUGUUUCCCAUUAUAAACUUCGUUAACCAACUUCUGCAACACUCAGAAGCGGUCCAAGUAGUGGAGGUGCCUCUCGUGCCACCAACUGAUGAUCAGGUAGUUUUGAAAGUAGUGUUUGCCGGCGUCAACGCCACUGAUGUUAAUGUGACGGCCGGUCGGGUAUUCAGCGAUCAGCUCCAAGUCCCUCAUGAUGUCGGACUUGAGGCUUGUAAUGUUAAAAGUGGUGAUAAAAUAUUGAUAACCGCACCGGCUGGUAGUGUGGGACAUAUAGCUGUUCAAUGGGCUAAACAUAAGGGUUGUUAUGUUAUAGGAAUGACUUCAUCGGAAGAAAAGGUAAAACUAUUGAAAGAGUUGGGAACCGAUCGAGUGAUCAAUUAUAAGACCGAGAACUUGGAUGAAGUGCUCACUAAAGAGUUUCCGGCAUUGGGUAUCAUAGAAGCUGUUGGCAAAGAUGUCAAAGAUUUAACUGUUGGACAGACAGUUCUUUACUACGCCAAUAGAGAGGACUUAACACCAGUUCCGAGUCUUAAGCCUGAGUUGAUAUCAUUACCAGUCUGUGGAUUGACUGCUUCUAUUGGUUUGGAUGAGGCAGCUUAUAUUAGGAGGAAUGAUAAAGUAUUAGUGACAGCAGCUGCUGGUGGCACCGGUAUGAUGGUUGUUCAAUGGGCUAAACAAAAGGGAUGUUAUGUUAUUGGGUUGACCUCAACCUCAGAAAAGGCAAAACUGUUGAAAGAGUUGGGAACCGAUCGAGUGAUCAAUUAUAAGACCGAGAAUUUGGAUGAAGUACUCACUAAAGAGUUUCCGGAAGGAGUGGAUGUGAUUUGGGAGACAAUCGGUGGACAAGUAUUUGAGACUUUAUUCAAUCAUUUGGCACCAAAGGGUCGUUUGGUACUUAUUGGCGGCACGUCUAGUUAUAAAGGGGAGGCCACGCAGACUAAUAUUCCCGAUCUUACAACCAGACUAAUAAGAGGAAAUCAAAUGCUUUCGGGAUUUUUCAUUUGGAGAAAUCGAGAAUUAUUUCCAAAAUAUUUACCGAAACUGAUUGAAAACGUUGUGAACAAUAAACUGCGAGUUGUGUUAGAUUUGGGACAAAACACAAGUGAAGGAGAAUUCGUAGGAAUUGAUUCAGUGGUCAGAGGGGUUGAGGUGUCAGUAAUCAAGACGACCUGUAAUUUCCGAGAGGCUGUCCGAGUGGUGAGCGUCCCUCUGGUGAAGCCCUCGGACGACGAGAUUCUGGUGAAGACGAUCUAUGCGGGCGUUAACGCCACUGACGUUAAUAUAACGGCCGCUCGUUAUUUCACUGAUGGAAAGGUUCCCUUUGAUAUCGGAUUAGAGUACGCCAAACCUGAUGAAGUGAUUCCAGUUCCAAGUCUUAAACCAGAAUUCAUAUCACUUCUGGUUUGUGGGUUAACCGCAGCCAUUGGUUUGGAUGAGUUGGGUCGCAUUAAGAAAGGGGAGAAAGUAUUGAUAACAGCAUCUGCUGGAGGAACUGGACAUAUAGCCGUCCAAUGGGCCAAACAAAAGGGCGCUUAUGUUAUUGGGUUGACCUCAACACCAGAAAAGGAAAAACUGUUGAAAGAGUUGGGAACCGAUCGAGUGAUCAAUUAUAAGACCGAAAAUUUGGAUGAAGUGCUCACCAAUGAGUUUCCGAAAGGUAUUGAUGUUGUUUGGGAAACGAUUGGUGGACAGGUAUACAAAACAUUAUUCAAGCAUUUGGCAGAAGGGGGUCGACUUAUUAUUGUGGGCGGAAUUACUGGUUAUAAGACCGAGGGGUCCAACUUCAUUACUGACCCUAAUAUACCGAAUCUACCGACAACUCUCUUAAUGAAGAAUCAGACACUUUCUGGGUUUAUAUUGUCGGGUUACAAACAUUUAUUUACUGAAUAUUUUACAAAAUUGGUUGAAGACGUUGUGACCAACAAAUUGAGAAUUGUUUUGGAUUUUGGCAUCAAAUCAGGUGAUGGAGAGUUCAAUGGUAUUGAUUCUGUGGUCAGAGGAGUGGAGGUAAUGAUUAUUAUAUAA